AUGAGGCUGGAUCCUUCCUUUCUCCUCUCCCUCACCCCACAAAAGUCUGAGGAGCUAAAUGAGCUCUUCCUGAACGUGAAGGAGGGCGGGGAGGGCGUGGCAGGAGCCGCUUUGGGGCGGGAGAAGGGCGGGGAGGGCGUGGCAGGAGCCGUUUCGGGGCGGGCGAAGGGCGGGGAGGGCGUGGCAGGAGCCGCUUUGGGGCGGGUGAAGGGCGGGGGGGGCGUGGCAGGAGCCGCUUCGGGGCGGACGAAGGGCUGGGGAGGGCGUGGCAGGAGCCGCUUCGGGGCGGACGAAGGGCGGGGGGGGCGUGGCAGGAGCCGCUUCGGGGCGGAUGAAGGGCGGGGGGGGCGUGGCAGGAGCCGCUUCGGGGCGGAUGAAGGGCGGGGGGGGCGUGGCAGGAGCCGCUUUGGGGCGGAUGAAGGUGGAAGCCCCCUCCCUGCAGUUUAA